AAUUUUGGCGCAUUAAUAUGUAAAUUAGCCAACUGUGAUACGGUCACAGGAGCGACUGAAUUUUAUUUUCGAAAGUGAAAUAACUGAUGAGUCACAUUUUUAGGAAAUUAUAUUUACAGCCAUAGACAGAACAAACUAAGAAGGGGGGGGGGGGGGUAUUAUCAUUGUUUUUUUAUUGUUUUUUUUUUAUUUAUUUUUUUACCGAAAUUACUUUGUAACAGCACUUGUUCAGGUAAGAGAAAGUAGUUCCGAACGUUAAUUCUCUUACAUGGCGUGAAUAUCGAUAUUCGUCUGCUUUAAGCGUCCAAAACGAACAUAUAGAUGUAUAUAUUUGUUCCAUCUGUGAGGCAUAUGAUCCCCCCUCCUCCCCCUCUCUCCUCCAAAGGCUCCACACUCCUAGCAUCAUAUUUUCCUUCGUCUUUCCCUGAGUCACUGUGCGGCACCGGACGGUCUCCGGUCGGUGUUUUUAACGGUCUCUGGCUCCUGUCAGGUGUGUCCCGUGAAAAUAUUCGACGACCAUUGCGAUGACCGAAGUGGUCUCAAGCUGCUCUGAGAUGACAGGUGAGUGAGAUAUGAUGUUAUAUAGACAUUUCUCCAAAGAUGCUAAGGAAUUUCUGUUAAAUGUGCUAACAGACACCUGAUUUCAUUGGCUGGAUUGGUGAGAAAACACCCAUCAGUGUGUUAUAUGAGUCAAAGUUAAUGUUGAGACUGAAUUAAAACAGAUUACCAUUACAAGAGUAUGUUAAAACAUAAUAUUGUGGUUAGAUUUCAUUUGUUGUACUCUUGAUAUUUUUGUUCUUUCAAGUACAAACUGGGAUGGGCAGUUUUUUGUAAUCCAUGCAGAUAAUUAUACACAUUUUGUCCCAUUAUUGCAUGUGUAAGGAUUGUAAAGAAUACAUUAAAUCUUGACUUUAAGUAGCCUUCUAAAAUAAUGCAAUAUUCUGGAGUCAGUAGUUUUACUAAAAUUUUGUAUAUUUUGCUGGCAUAUAGUGCAAAAUAUAUGUAGACACUCCAUAUGAAUUCAGAUGUUCCUUAGAAAGUAUUACGUAACAUUUUCCUACUGCUACCCCCAUUUAUUCCCCGAUUAGUGACUGAAAGGCUCAGUGCUCCCUUCAUUGAUGCAAUUAAUUCCUAUCAUCAGCUUUAAGAUCCUAAGCUAUACACAGAGAGAAAGCAUUACCAUCUUUAAGAGAUGUAUUUUUGCAUUUGACGUAAUAUCCCAGAAGGAUGAAACCAAGUAGAAGAACCCCUGGGACACUUGAGUUUAUCCUGGAUUUGCAUGUAUUUGCAUGUCUAAUAGCAUAUGAUGGGUGAAUCACUAGUUGAAAAGAGCAGCCGUCCCCUUGCGUGUGUGUUUGUGUACACAGACGUUGGUCCAUUGUCAUCUUCAGGGCAGCUUUAAUGCCAGUUUGACAUAUUGAAGAGAAACAGCAUCACAGGAAGAGGACUGAGGGUCACACUCAGGGGUCGCACGCUGACACCUGACGCCAUAGGCGAUGCUGUGACGGACAGCAGAUUUAUUGCAUUUGCACGCUGUGACUGCCAGUGUCAUAGUCUACCUCGUAUUGAUAAAUGCAGGAGUCACGUUCUCCACUCGAGCGUUAAUAUUUUUAGCCGUAUUUGCCUCUUGGCCAGCUGGAACAUGAAUCAUGUCUGACUGUUUCUCUCCAAAACACAGCACUGGCUCCUCCUUCUGCGCAGCUGAUCACCAGCAGGAAUGCAUCGCCGUGUCGUUCACCAUCCAAUCACAGGAGUCCUACAGGUAAACUUCUAAUCACACUUCAUACGCUUUGAUGCGCUGCCAUUAUCCUCAUAAUCCAGGACUAGAAAAACUGAAAGUAGGACAACGACAGGAUGAAGAAAAAGCAGACAGAAUGACAUUUCUGCCAGCGCAUAUGCUGCACCAAUUCUAUUUUGGUCUACCUCUUAUUGUUCUUACAUCUACAAAUACAUGUUUGUGUCCUUCUGCAACGACUUAAUGUUCAAUAACCUAGAAAGUGAUAAACUACUUUUUAUUUAGCAGAUUUUAUUGUUUUUUUAAAUUAUUUAUUAAUAAAAACCUCACAAAAAUGCACACAGAAACUGAACAAGAUGACAGCAAGUACUGUGCUUCAAAUGAGUUGAAAGUGCUCCUAUUUAAGUAUUUCUGAUGAUACAACUUUGUACUCCAACUCUUUUAUAGCAGGGAGGAGAAUAAUAUCAUCUCUAGGUCGGGAAAAAACAGAUUACGUGUUUCUCUAUCUGCUGUUAAACUCUCCUUCUCCUCUACCAGAGGAAAUGGCCUUUUUGCCAUUUUACAGAGAAAAAUAUAAAUGUUAUUUGCAUCUCUUUGAAAUAGUAUUUGAUGAUAAAAGCCCAAACACAAACCACUACAUUCACAUACACCUAAGUUUAUGUAGUGGCACUGGUUUAAAAUUUAAGUAAAGAAAAAUACAACCAAAGGAUUUAAUAAUAACUAUAAUUACAUAUGCUGCUGAUGAAAAUACCCACCUGCUUAUUCAGACAAAGGUUUAAAUACAGGACUUGAGCACACUUGUGCAUUUUCUGCAUAAUUGAUAAUUUCUCUGUCUUUUCGUCAGGGUCUCGACAUAAUUUAGCGAAAGAGCGAAAGGACGACAGAGAGAAGACACAAGGUAUGAGUAACUCUCCAGCUGGUGGAGCUCUGUGUGGUCUGCACUGUUCAUCUGUCACACACACACACACAAGCACAUAAUGUUUGAGUGUAUGCGGUGUGAGUGCGUAUAGAGGAAACAUCCUUUACAAUCCACGAGACUAGAGGAUGUGCUUACAGAAAGAUAAACUGAAAUGUCACAAGUAUUGACUACAAGCAUCAUAUCAAACCUUUUUAUUUGUAAUAAUUAAAUAUUCUUCACUAAAUGUUUCUCUAUAUGCUUGUUAUGAAGCUGACCGCUCUUAAACCCUGUUCCCAUGAAGAGAACGAGUUCCUUUUAUUGCCAUGGAGAUGUAGAUGGGAGUAGAGAGGCUGUCUGGAUCAUGGAAACAUCUUUGUUUCCAUGACAACUCGGGGAACUAAUGUUGCUUUUGAGGACUGUAUGAGUAUAAUUCAGAGCUAAUGCUUAUCAGAUGUAAUUAUUUUUAUUGUAGGACAGUGAUCAGGGAACUUUGGUCAGCUGCUUUUUCAAGGGAUUCAAUCAUCUGUGGAAUGACUCCAAUUUUUGAACCAUUGGGCUGUAAAAGUGGAAAGGAAAAAUCUUUAUAAAACCUAAAAAGAGCCAGUGAGGUUCUCAGACAUCUAGUGAGAUGCACUGUAAGACUAUCAUGAAUUAAAAAUCAACAACAGACAUUAGUUAUCGAGUUCAAAGGUUACAUCACCUCAGUGCUGUUUCAAAUCUCCUCCCUCGUCAUUCCUUUGUAUUUUUAUAUUGAUUUUGCAUCAAUCAAAUAUAUCCCAGUGUGGGAUUUAAUAAUUUGUCGCAUUAUUAUCGAAGUAUGACAGGCAAACAUUGACGGAAUUUCCCAUGAGAUCAAUAAAUUAUCCGUCUGCAUCCAGACAAACACACAUAGUGCUGUCCUGGUCCUGCUAGCUAUUUAAUGUCAGCUCAGCGGUGACAUGACUUGACCAACCACCACACUUCUGUGACACUCAUAUUGUGUAGAGGCAGCGCAGUGGAGCAAGUAUCAUGCCUUAAACUAACAAUAUGCAAACAACUAGAGGCAUGCCUAUGAAUGUAAACAUGUUAGGUUGAGUCAAAUUAGUUCAUACUUUAUUAUUUUAUUCUCAUGACAAUAAAAAAUGCAUUUCGCUUUGGGAAGUGCAUGUGUAAAAAAUCGACUUUUUGUCCUUUUUGGAGCAAAUAAGCCAAGUUAGUUUCAAGAUAAAAAAUACUAAAUUUGUGUAAAAUAGACUAGUUUGUGCAGAAACUCGUCAGAAAAUCCUCUGAGUAUUUCUGUAGGCUUUGUGUUCAAGCAUUACAGCUAAAACACUGUGUUGUGCAUGUGUGUGUGCAGAGGUCUCCGAGCUGCUGAGGGAUAAGGAGCGUCGAGUGCAGCAGCAGCUGGAGCGCUGUGCCGAGGAACGAGGGAGGAAGAUGCAAGAGCAGAAGAAGAAAGAGCAGAAACGAAGAGCUGCAGCCGAGGAGAAGAGGAAGCAGCAGAAGGAGGCAGAGAAGGUCAGAGGUCACUGAUGAUGCAUUCACUACACGUUGGGAAAAAGUUAGAAUUAUUCAGAAAGUGCUGACACUGAGUUUUCUUUUGAACUGACAGCGUAGGAAGAUAAAAUUUAAAAGAAUCAGAACUAACUUAAGUUUGCAACUUAGAAAACUGCGAUUGACGGAUCAUUAACGCAACAAUAUAUGAUGCAAUGUGUUCCCCUCUGUCUGCAAAUCCAUCAUCCUCUCUUUUUUUAAGUCCCCCCAUCAGUCUGUUUCUCUCUAUGGCCCAAAACAAACAAACAAACAGUGAUCAGCAGUCUCUUCUCCACUCGACUACUCUCUCUCGCUCCAUUUUCGCUCUGUGCUGCUGAAUUAAUUUUGUCGAUCCAUAACUUAGUCAGUGUACUUCCAGCUGUUGUUCGACUGAACCUGAGUUUAAGGGAAUGCCGAGUAAUUAAUGUAGAGUCUUUAAUGACUUUCUGUCGGCUGACUAAUUGUGUGCAUUCAGGUGAAACAUGACAAGUUUGUCUGCUUUUCUUCAGCAGAAUUAAAGCUCCAAUGCAGUGGCUCUGAAUUGGAACUAUUUUACAUAAAUGUGUGCAGAAAUGUGUUCCUGGUCAGAAUCAAGCUCUUAAAAAACUAUGUAGCUCAAACAGAAACAGACAGUCUGUGCAGCAGAAGAUGUGGUCUGCCUGUGUUGAUGGAUUCAUCGCACAUUCAUACACAUAUCAGCUGUGGUUUUCAAGCUGCAUCUAAUACAGCCUGCUGUCUGAGUGAUAGUCUACGUAAGCACUAUAUCAUUACCACUUAUACAAAGAAAUAACAGUGGAUCAAUACACUUUUCUUAAGAUUAUCCACAUGCAUGACUCCAUUUGACUGUGAAUCUUCUCUGAGAUCAGCUCUCUAAGCAAAAUUUGAUUUUGGGGCCCUCUAUCUCUGCCAAUAAUAUUGAUUGUUGAUCAUUCACACACCUACUACAGUAUAAAUUUAAUGCACCUGACAUGUCUUUACACAUUUAAGGGUGUGGCCUGGGUAAUAACAUAAAUAAUACCAAUGAAUGACUGAUGAAUGAUGUUCAGGGUGCCACAUAUGGAUUUUAUUCUCAAAAUUUAACUCAUUCAGCUACAAGAGCGGCCUGGGGUUGAUUUUCACGACAUUCCAGGUGAUAAAGAAUUGUGUUUACUGUUAAAGUGUCAUCGUCAGUAAGAAUCAUAGGCCUACAUCAGCAGCAGCACUAAAAUGUUUUUACUUGAUUUUAUUUUUACAAUAAUGUAUAUUUGAUCAUACAGAAAGCAUCACUCAUACAUGCGAAAAAUAAAAAAAUAUUACAUUUUUUUUGGAUUGCUGUUGGGGGCCCCCUACUGGCUGCGGGGCCCUAAGCAGGCGCUUAGUUCGCUUACGCCCUCUGUCUGAGAUAACAAAAAAUAAUCAAAAAGAGCAAAUUCUCUUUUUUUUCACACAGAAAAUUGAUCAAAAGUUAAUGAAGGAAGUGAUUAAAAAACAGACUGAUAAAAUUUCUUUUAUCAUUAAAUAUCAUAAACUCACUGCUAAACUUCUGGGGAUAGACGUCUACGUUUAUUUCAAAGCACGUUUUUAAUGAUAGAGAUGACUGUCACGCUCCCAGAGCUGGUUUAUCUGAUAUACAGUCAGACUCUUCUGGUCCUGGUUUCGACUUUUGGACAGUAAAUAAAUCUCAUUGCUCUGCAUGAGUCAUGAGUGGGCAGCACUUCACAGAGAAGAACCAUUGACUCAUAUAAUAAUCAUCUCUUUGUGAGUCCAGCAUAAAUUGCCUCCUGUGUUUGUGUGAUAACCGUUUCAGCUGGAGGUCGGUUAUAAAUUAUUAGUGCGUGUGUGAGUGCUAAGCAGGACACGAAGGGUUAACGAGGCAGCGACAGCCUGAUCCACAGAGAGUUAAGUAGAGGGGGGGAGUCAGUGACUUUAUUGAUUUAAAGACAGUGUUUGCAUGCUAACAGCCCCUCCCCCUUCCCCUCCACGCGCUCAUAUGCAUAACUUAAUGACAUAAUGAUUGGUCAGUCUCACGGGGCGAUGACAUCACCGCCGGCGUAUCAUGUGCCGUUUACUGGAACAGACAGUCGAUCCUCGCAGUGCGGUGACAAGGACAUGUUUCACUCUGAGCAGGGAGAGAGAUAACACACAGGAUCAAUAUAUCCUUUUACACAAAGAAACUGAAGAUUUAAUAAAGGAUUGGACAUUGAUUUAGUGUUUGAAUGGUAGGAAAAUAACUGCACUGAGGAUUUCUGCAUCUAAGAAGAAAAAAAAAAGACAUAUAAUCCUCCUUACACUUCCCAAAGUCUAAGGUGGCAUCUGCAAAUAUCUGUUCUGUCCGAGCAUCUGUUCAAAUCACAAAAUAAUUAACGAAUCAGGGUUUAAAAAAGACGUCAAAGUCUUUUAAAAAGAUUGAUUUUACUCCCGUGUUUCCUAAAGUAAGAAGGAAGUGCUUCAAAUUCAAACAUUCUGCUUGAAAAAAAUGCAGAUUUUUAAUAUAAUGUAGUAUUUUUUUUAUUCACAUUUUAUUUGAAAGGCACUUAGAUUCCUUACAUGCACAGUGCACAAAACAUCUCUUGUGACUGUUAAAACAUCGCAAGAUUCGUUACAAGUAUUCACAUCACAUUUCGACGAUUCCUUCCACACUGAUCCUGAAUGUUUAACUGCAGAAAGUCUCAAUGUCUUUAUUCAUGGUGCCUCUCAAGUUUUAUAUGUCUAUAUCGUAUCGUGUUAUAUCGUAUCUUAGUUUUCAAAGAGAAAAAAAGGGGGUUCGUCACAAAUUUAGACAAAAUCUGAUCUUACAGGUUUGUAAUAUAGUAUUUUUAUAUACAACAUAUAUCCAGGAGUGGCCAACUGCUUACUAAAACCAAACCAACCAGUGAGCCUGUUUUCACUCCCUUUAAAUGUACACAGCGGAUGUUAGCCUUUCUAAUUCAACAGACCAUGUUCUUGCAGGCCUGUUCCACUUCUCUCCGAACACUGUGCGAAAAAAAACACACGCAGAUCAAUGUUUAAGUUAUGUCAGUGCCAAGAUUGAUGUUCAGGUCACUGGAACAACCCACUGAGCUGCAGAAACACUCAUGGAUCAAACCAAUAGAUGUGUAUACAGUUAGACAUGGGGCGUAACUUCAUUCUUUAAUUAAAGCUCAAAUUAAGAAACGAGAUGCACUGUCUUUGCACUGAACCACACCUCAUUUUAAGACCAGCACACCCACUGGGGCUGAUGUUGGAGGAAGUUCACUCAUUAUAUACAGAACGAGGGCGACUGCAUCAGAGAGAAAAUAACAGUGGCACUCGCACCGCACGCUGAAACGCUUUGUUUCAUGAGUAGGACGGGUCCCACACACUCGCUAUGCUAAACCAGUGAUGUUGCUGUGGAGAAAAAUCCUGAAUCUCAUAGAAAAUGACUGCAGCAGCUGCAGUCAUUGAUCUGACUCUUCAGUUUCUAUCCAUGUCUAUCAGUCCUCCUCUCAUCCCACUGAUCUCUAUCUCUUUCUCUCUCUCUUUCCCUUCAAACCCUCUUCUUGACACCCCCUCAUCUCCAGUCCGAUAGUCUCCCCCUCCUGCAGUCUGUGCGUGACUCUGCAUGCACCUUCAGCAAACACACCCACAGUGCUGAGGCGGGGCAUUUGCAUCCUUUAUAUAUAGACAGUACACUGGAGCAGAGGAUCAGCUUUAUACUCUGCAGCUGCUGUAUGUGUCUGCUUUCUAUCACUGCAGUAUGGACUGUGUCUGGCUGAAAAUCCAGUAUGAAAUGUGGUUUUAAAUAGAAAGUAGAUCUAAAAUUAGACCGAGGAGAACGUCAAUGAAGCAGAAGAGACAAGAGAGUUAGCUCUGAAUUACAAACGAGUUUCUACAAAUGUGAACAGGAAUACCAAUCAGGCAAAAAAUAAAUACAAAUAACAACAAACAUGAAUCAGUUCUAAAUGUAUUUCCUUUAAUGUACAUAACGAAUAUGUUUGUCUGUAUUCAUACAUAACUCAUUAAUUUAAAUACCCUGAACAUGCCCUGCAAUGCAAAUGUCUCUUCUAAAAACUUGAAUAUCUUAAAAUGUCACGUGUAAUGUUGCUCAAAGCAUGGUAAUCAGAUAUUUACAUAGAAAUCAAUGAAUAUUCUGCGCUGACACAAAGAAAAGAGGAUGCAGAGGUUAGAAGAUGUUGUACACGUUAUCUGCAGGCUUUUAAAAGCACACAAAAACAGAAUUUCUGAUGAGACUGAAAUGUCACGUUCAAAAGUCUCUGUGAAUUCCUCUGGCUUUCUGAGAAAUGUACGAGUUUAAAAAUAUUCUCGUGUGUUUGCAGCCUGUCAGGAGAUGUUACACCUGCAAACUAACAGUGGGAUUGUUGUGACAGAGAACCAUGUUGUAAGAGGCCGUGUUUCCUUUUCUAUAGAGUUUCAGACGGCGCUAUAAGACCUGCAGCAAACACUGUCACUACUCCUUAUUAUAACAGCUACAAAGCUUAGUGUCUUAAUAAAGAACAGGAGAAGAUUCGUGAAAAAACGAGUUAUUUGUUAAACCCUGGACCAUUUUCUGAUGCUUAUCUGCCUCCAACUUAAUUACUUCGAUCAAAAACAUCCCAGGGAUUAAUUAUGAGCUGAGAAAUUCCUACAAGUAAUCAUUACUCUGUCUAGACUGUUAGAGUUUUCAUCAUACUUAAUUCUUUAUUCAUAAUAACCAUGACAGACAUAUCAAGUUUCAUUCAAUUUGAUAUUAAAGCCUGCAGAAAUCUCUGACACUGAAUAAUACAUAACGUCUGUGCAUUUGUGAUCUGACAAUACCUUGGUGUCUUUGGUGUCAGACAAAGAGCUGCUCUUUAAUCAUGAAUACCUGAAUCUAGAGCAGGAGAUAAGAGAUUCGAUUUCAUUUUUAUCUUCAUGUAUUAACAUGUAUAUUUUACAUCUAUGUUUUUAUGCAGAGUUAAAGUUUACACACUCAGUUAGUCUGUUCGCUGAGAAAGAAAAAAAACACAUCCAUACGUUUUGACAAGCGCACUCAUCUAAUCAAGAUGGAGUAAACAGGUGAAACCACGGGGGGGCGGCCUGACAAAUGCAAUUUACUUAUAAAUAGUUGAUGCAGCCGCACAAGUAGCAUCACAAAUGAGACGCCAAAUUACAGCGAAUUGAUGCCAGAAAACCAUCUGAACUUGUCUCACUCUUUUCUUCUUGACAGUGAACUCCUGCUUUUCUUUAUUAGGUCGUCACGUCUCUGUUUAGUGAGACAGUAUCCAUUAAUAAGUUGUUUAGCACUCAUUAUCAGUACAUAUGUAUUUAUGCUUUCUAAAUUUGUCAGAUAGAAGUUUAAGGGGAUAGAAAAUUGUAUUCUUAUACAAAGAGGAAAUUGGAUUAGGAAGUACAUAAUCCACCUCCUUCACGCAAAUUCCUGCAAUUUCCAAAAUGGUGCACUUCUCUGUCCACUCUUGCAAAAGUAGCAUCUCUACAGUCUGUAACUCUACAGUCAUGUCAUCGGUCAACAAACAAAGGAGACGUCUGCCACUCAUCUAAGCCGAGAAAGUGAACAGAAAAGGAUUCUGCUGUUCUUGGGCUACAAAAAUAAGCCCAUUUGGAGAUAAUCCGUCAUUUUUGAGUGACUGUUUUGCCGGACUGCUGCUGUAGGUCUCACCAAAUAUUAAAACAUAAAAUAAUCACGUUAAUAGAAAUCAGUUCAAAAGAUGAGGCAGAUGUUGAAAGGGGGGGCUUGAUUUAUUUGUAUGUGUUGGCUUCUUUUGUACCAAGUGUUCAAGAUUACACAGAGUGCAAUACAAGGCAGGCAAGGGGAGAAAAAUAGGAGACAAAACACCUUAAUUUAUACAGAAUUUUACCAAAACAAAGACAAUUAAAAGAGACUGAUAGAGAAACGUCAAAUUAAGUCAUUAGACAUUUAAAAAAAGACAAGAAAUUUAAAUUAAAGACAGAAAAAAAGGAAUAUUUGAGACUAAAAGCAUUCAGUCAGUAUCGAUAUCCAGCCCACCCACUCAGUCUGUGUGUGUGCAUGUGUAAGUGUGUGUGUAGGUGUGUGUGUGAGUGUGUGUUCAUGCAUGUAGGUGGGGGUGGUGACGGGAUACAUUUAGCCUCUUCCUGUCUGAUUAAACUGCUCUGUGAAAUAGAGUCAGCCACUAGAGAGAGAGAAGGAGGGAGAUCGAGGAAGAUAGAGAGAAGAGAGAGAGAGGGAGGGUGGGGCUAGUAAUUGUGAGGUAAGAGAGAGAAAGAGAGAGAGAGAGGGGGAGUCAGAGCUACCUAGAGGGAGCAGCAGACGGAGAGAGAGAGAGAGAGAGAGAGGAGCAGAGCUGCUGUAUUAUGUAUCACUGAGCGAUCGAGUGCUGGUGACCGCCGGCAGACUCAUCACAGAGGACGCAGGGGCGAGGCCGCUGUGGUGUGGAUGCGGUAACCAUGGCGCAACCGUCUCCCUGUGCAUCGCCUGGCGUUCGUCGCCGUAGCGAUGGCUCAGUGAGAGAAUGUCUCUUCUUCCCUGUUUCUGAACGCAACGAACAGGAGCGGCUGGAGGCCCUGGUGCGCCGGAGAACCGGCGGCGCCGAGAGACGUGGAGGAGGAAACGGAGGUGGUGGAGGAGGAAACGGAGGAGGAGGGGGGGAGGCCCGAGACCACCCAGAUAACAGGCCCAAACGCUGGACGUGGGGAGGACCGCCUGACGGAGUGGAGGGUGAGUACAGCGGGGAAGAGAGGGGGGAGGAAGUGCUGGAGGAAGAAGAAGAGCGAUGAUGUCAGUGGGAGGCUGGUUUGAGGUGUGGAUAUGGACGGGGGGCUGGGAGGAGAGGUGUUGGGGGAGGUCUGGAGGUCAGCGGGAGAGGGGGGUCGGUGGUGUUUGGAUGAAAGGGUGGGGACGACAACGCAGAAGCUGUGGGAGGAGAGAGCAGGUGAAAUGAGGAUAAAAGAGAGAAGGGGGGGAAGUGAGGAGGAGGAGGUAGAGAAGUGAUGGAGGUAAAGAGGAGAAGGACAGCGGGUGGAAAAGGGUGUGGAGGCUGCAAUGCAGGAGCUGCAUUGUCUGAAAACCUCAUCAGGGUUGGAGGUUGGAGGAGGCUCGGAGUGUGUUUACAGUCACGUAUGUAAUCAGAGGAGUGUAUUAGCUGAUGGAGCCGCUUGUAAAUGUGCCACAGGUGUGUGUUUAUGUGUGUCUCUGCUCUGUUGUUUUAUUUCCGUGCGGGGAGGUCUCAUUCCCAGAGGAGCAGGAGUCACACAUCAACCUUGAACGCACCAAGGCCACACUCGUAAACACAGGAAAAAGUGCGACAUGAGGCGGGUCCUUCUGUCAGCAUCCAUCCCUCUUUAAUUUACGUCUUUUUUUUCUGUCGGAUCACAUCAUCUUUGAGACGUUUCUGCCGACACGUCAAGCCGGCAGGAGGCCUCAGCGCCACCAGCCGGGGCUCCAGAUCCUGCGGUGCAUUCAUAACGCCAUCAAUUAUUCACAAUACCCAUCAGGCGCUGUCGUUCUGGCACUGACCCGGGAUCAGCUUGUCUGGCUCCGGCUUGGCUGACUGGCAAAGAGGCUGCUCUGGGAUCAGCUGGGCCCAGCAGAACGCUCACUGCAGCAGAAACAGCAGCAUCUCAUCUUACAGCCCCUCUCGAUUAAAGGACAGAGACUCACUAAAGACGCAAUAUGUGUGUGUAUGUGUGUGUAUGUGUGCGUGUGUGUGUUUGAGCAUGCUGCGUAUUUUUCUCUGGUUCCAAAUGGCUCAUGCAAAAUCCUGCACAGCUGCCUUUUCUGACUAAAAUCACUCCAUCAGGACAGCAGUCUUAUUUUCCUCUUAACUAGGGAUUUAUCACAGCUGACUCACUCUGUUCACGUGGUUUAUGCUGUGAAGACUCUGAGGAAUCUGGUGGCAAUGGUCUGACUAAUACUAAUCUGGAUUUACUGGCUAAAAAUCAGUCAGCUUUGAUGGACUGCUUCAGGUGUGUUGAUGUAAAUAUGGUGAAGAUUGAAAGUUGAGGUUUAUUUCAAGUUCUUGUAACUUGAGACCAAAGUUUUUCCAUGAACCAAACUUGGGAAGAUAAACUUGUGUUAUCUGAAGCUCAGAAUUGUUUUAAGGAGAUCUUAAAGAUGUGAAGUACUUGUAUUUGAUGGACCCUGUUUUAUGUUGGUGUCUAAUUACUGUUGGAGUUUAAGUUACAGUGCGCAGUUUUGUGCAGGACUCUGCAGAACAGACUCAGCAGAUCUCUAAUGUAAUAUUUAUAGAUUUGUUCAGACUAGUGUGUGAAUAUAAAACUCAUUAGGUUGUUGUUUACUCAAAAUGACCCUGUAUGUCUUCAACGAGGCAGGUCCUCUUCCACGGAGGCGGCCAUCUUGCACCUCCAUGUUCCUACAGCAGCACAGAAUGGACAAACUUGCAACAAAUGCAUUUUUGUUUUGAGUGAGAAGACAGAGAAGUAGUUGCUGCUAUUGAACUGGACCAAUGGAGGACGAUAAUCACUAUCUAUCACAGCAGCUUCUUGUCCUUGAAGGUCACGAUCUCCUCACCAGUAGGAGGGUCGAGCAAGGGAGCAUAUCCGUCUUUAAUCUGACCUUUGAGUAUCACUGAGUAUUUCCACUCUGAACCUUUUAAGGCAGUCUGUGGAGGCACUAACAUUUUAGUACCAGACCAAGAAAGCAGAGUUCAUCUCCAGUCAUUGCCUGCAUGUCCCAUGAUGCACCAGUGGUGAGCAGCUGCCUGACAUCACCCUUUCUGAUCUGUACACUCACAAAAAAUCUGAGUCAGCCAAUUAGAGUUUACCAAUCAUGAGGAUGUUGAGGAGAAGAAGGGCUUGGAGUAACUGUCUGAGUGUGUGUUUGUCUUUGUUUCAGUUUGUUGUUGUUACCAGCGUUUGGUGUUCACUUUAACCUUUUGUUUGUUUACAUUCUUCACCACCAAUUCUGUACUCUUAUUGGUCAGCAUGGAGGGCAUAAAGUAAAAUAAAGAAAUAGUGAGAGGAUGCAAAGAAAAGAUACAAAGAAAAGUGGUUAAAAAAGAGGAUCUGUGUGCCAUUCGUUUGCUCCGAUGAUAAAUGCACCUUUACUUGAGAACUACAGCUUUGCUACAGUGGGUGAUGGUGCUCAUGGGAAAUGCAGUCUUUGUCCUGCUGACUCUGAGUCCUCUCGUUGAUGUUUUCUCUGUUCUUGCCGUGUAAACAUGAAGUUUGGUGUAGACCUCAAUGGUGUUACUGGAUUUUGGUGAUCCUUAGACAUUCUGGACUAUUCAGUCUGGGCUCUCUCGACCUUCAUUCUCAGUCUCCUCAAGUGACAUGAAGUGUGAGCUUCUAAGCUUUUAUUUUGAAGGCAGCGCUGUUCUCACUGCUUUUAAUGCAUGAUGUUUCACUCUGUGCCGCUAUGCUGCAUCUUGAGGCUUCGAUUCGUCUGACCUGAAGAUCGUUUGACAUGUUUGGGUUUAAAUGUGGCACCUUCUGCUGAGACACGUGUCUUUGCUGUUGUUGUGUGUGUUCAUGGACGUUGGAGUGUAUUCCUGUUUGUGUGUCAUGUCUACGACCCAGCUGUGCGUGGACGCUGAGUGAGUGUAAUGCUUUGCUUUCUCCGCUCUGCUUCACCUGCUGCCCAGGUAACCCUAAGACCCCGCCCUGCCCUGCCAUUGGCUCUGCACAGCCCAAUGAGCUUCCUGCUUCUUCCAGUGCCAGCAAAUCCCGCAACGGUACAGACCACAUGACUGUGUGUGUGUUUGUCACGCUCAUACCGCUCCCCCACCGCCAUAAACUGUCUCACCCGCAGCUGUUCGUCCGUCUGCAUGCAGCUGUUUUGUGAUCCUGCAGGGUGUUUGUGACGUGUGUGUGUUCUGUGUCUGUUGAUUAAUUUAUGACAGUGUUGGGGAAGCUCGAUUUUAAACUCUUCUUCCUGAAUUUUUACCUAAUAUGGAGUUGGUGUUUUAUUUUAUAGAGAUGCAACGGAAACAAUCAUGCUAUAGUGAAAGCAUGCAGAUCAGUCGAUCUGCAGAUAUAGACAUAUAUCUGCAGCCUCUCAAAGUGCAGGUUUCUGUCUCAGAUGACUGCAGGUUGUGUUUGCAAAUUUCAAAAUCUGGGUAAACUAGAUACUAAAAUCCUCUGGUCAUGACUUCUUCUAUUUAAUGUGUUUUUAAGAACUGAGCUGCAAAAACUACUUCUAGUUCUUACUUUAAAUCUAAAUAAACACAAACAGUAGAUAAUAAGUGUUUCUGUCGAUUGGCUUGGAUGAGUUAGGUGAGGGUCUAGAUUUUUUUACUCAAUAUUUUUAUUAGUUUUAUACAGAUUAUACAAAGGAAACACAACACAAACACCCCCUUUCCCUCAAAACCCUGUCUACUGCUGGAUGUUCCUAUUACUCUCCUUAAAUAACAAAUUCUGGAGCUAAAACAAAAAUAAUUUAAAGAAAAAAAAGUGCUGGAAUUCAGGUUUUGUAGCUCUUGAAUUAUAUAAGAUGUUGAGGAAUAAAAAGUAAAAAGAGAAAAAGUUAAAUGAACCACUGUACGUUAAGAGAAAUACAAAUGUAGACACGUCGCUGAAAACUGAAAAAGUCCAUAAAACAGACAAAAAUUUAAAUUGUAUGAUUAUAAAACAUCACAGAUAUAUAUUUUAAAAAGAAAACAACGAGAAGAGGAGAGUGCUGAUUCAAAAUGAUGAGGGUCUAGAUUUUAAAUAUGAUCUCCUGUUUAUGUAGGAAUCAAAAAAAUAUCUGUUUAGGUUUAAUUUGUGACAUUAGUUGGUGACUUGCUCAUACAGGUUUGAUAAAAUACACCUCUUUCCCUUUCUUUGGGUGAAUUUCUGUCGACUGAAUCACAAAGAGGACAAACAGAAAAUGAUGUUUCGAGACAAAGACAUCCAUCACUGAGAGAAAAUGACCCAGCUUCCAGGAAACACUCUGUAUCCAGUCUUAAAAAAAGCAAAACAAUCUUCAUCUCCAUCCAUGCAGAAGGAAAAUGACCUCCAACACUGUCUCUACAUUUUUUAUCUGUGUUUGUUCUGAAAAUGAGCAAAACAUUUGUGCGGUUAUUGUGCGUUUGUUCUCAUUAACAGUUUACAGCCCAUGCAGAACCUCGUCUUCUGGUCUCUUGUGGCUAAUGAGUGUCUGGUUUGGAGCGCCUUCCCACACACACACACACACACAGAUAUAUGCACACAUGCAUACACAUGUACCCCGCCCUUAUCACAACAAAGAGCUGCUCCACUUCCCAUUUUCCCGGCCUAGAGCCGUGCUUAGUGAUGCACACACUUUAUUCUCAGCAGGGAGCCCAGUCUGUGCAACACCCCUCUGCACCACUAACACACACACACACACACAGGCACAUAUGCACACAGAGGCACAUACGCACACAAAUGUAGACACACAGAAACACCAUACAUCACACCAGACGUUUACCCUCCAGCUGUGUAGAAAACUUAUUAGACCCAACCUCACCUACUCACAAAGGAGUGCAAUAAGAUCAAAAUACGCACACACACACACACACACACACACACACACACACACACACACACACACACACACACACACACACACACACACACACAUAUCUACCAGACAUUCCCAAUCAUUCCUCUUUCCUCCCCUGCAGAAAUAAAUGUUUUUAUUCGUUGUUUUUCUCCAAUUUUACUGGAAACCCCAGAGAUGUUUUCCAGGAAGUAUUCAGAUCCAAUCCAUAACAUUAUAAAUACCACUGUGAAAAUAUUUCACCAACAAUAAAGACAGCGGGAAAAAAAAAGAGGACUGAGAAUAAGGACUACGUUAAAUCUUAAUGAAUCAAUCUUCAUGACCAAAGUCGUAGUUUUAGGUUGUGGUGUUUUAUUUAGCCUGUUUUAUUUUGAAGGGGAAAGGGGAGUCAGCUACAUGCAUUUAUAUGAUGUGUGUGGUGCAUCUUGUCAAGCUAACAACAAAGUUUUCAAGUUUUUGGUUCCUUUUGGGUCAGAACCAUAUUUUUAUAAGUGUCAGUUUUGACAUGAUUUUGCAGGAAAAGGGCUGUCAUGAAAAAAAAUUAUUUUCUUCUUCAGUUUACUUAUAUCACGAUAUUUUUAAAAUGGGCAUAUUAAACAUGUUUCCGAAUUAAAUCAAUUCUGAACCUAAAGUUUGACAUUUACUGAAGUCACACUUAAAAGGCAGAACUUUGACUCGGCACAGAGUAUGAGUGGUCGGUGUGGUAUGAGCAAAUUUGGUAAAAGUAACAGACUCAGAAACUUCCCCAGCACUGACUCACGCUGAUCAGGAUGUAAAGUGCACUGAAAGUUGAUGUUGUGCCUCUUUGGUUGUCACGGUGCCUCCUUCAGGUGCUGUGUAGUUUCAUUGCUCUGCAGCGAUCUCCUCUGUAUCACCAUCCUCCAUUUCAUGAUGAAGCAGCUCGGCUGCAGAGAGCCGGGCUGAGUCUGCCUCUGCUCUCCGUUCUGCUGCUUCAUUUCUGUCUUACAUCACCAAGGUUAAUUUAUUCUGCAGCCUGCACGGCUCAUCGAUCGGCAGGAUUAUUUUCUGUGUGAGCCUGCACUUUUCUGUUUGUGCUGUGAGAUUGGUUUAUUGAAUCCGUUUGUGACAUUUACAUCAUCUUUUAAUGCAGCAGCAGCAGCGGCAGUCAGGGCUUUGAUUCGCUGUCAUGUUUAUGUCCAUGUGAAUGAUUUUUGUUGUUUCUUCUUAAUCAGUCGGGGACUUCUUGUCCCCGUCCGCGAUGGAGCAGCAGAUCAACAAACAGCUCUCCAACUCUUCAGCCACCCUGCAUUCACCAGAGAGAGGUGAGACAGAGCAAACACACACACACACAAACACACACACACAUCAGUCAGAAAAGCUUUGACUCACAACAGCUUUGUAAUUUCAUUAAAGUGUCUGUUGCUGCGUUUUCUUUUAUUAGUCAUUCAGCUGAGUGAUUAAAUAAAACAGGGGAGGGCAAACAAACACAUCUUACAUCUACAGAAUAAACAAAGAUAUAAGAGGGGCUGCUUCAUCAAUAGGAGGAACUAAAAUCAACACAACCUGAAAGCUUUAAAACUGCUUUAAAACUGUCUAAAGAGAUCUUAAAAAUCUAGAAAUUGAUUUCAUGAAAGCGAAGACAGGAGCGAUGUGAAAGUAAUUUGUGUCUGGGAGGGUGCUCUGGUAAAAAGUGCAUCACAACAGUGUAAACAGGACAAUUCGAGCACAAACAUCAAUGUGAGAGCAAAGGAAACUUAAUCUAACUUCAGAGUUUUGUAUAAAAACAGGCUGAUGUUAAUCUGGUAGUUUAAUCCUAUUUAGAUUAAAUUAUUACUUUGAGUGCAAGAGAAUAAACACAACGGCGGUUUUUAGUCUGUUAUCUGUUUUAGUAUUGUUACAUUUUGGGGAAUUUCACCAUCAUAAAGGACGCUGAGAAGAAACUGAAAGUAUGCCAAGAACUGGAGCCUCUGCAUGUCGUGUUUGUACACAUGAGCAUUUUGCAUGACACAGGUUUGGUCAUUUAGAUUUAACUCCAAAAGUAAACCUGUCCGUCUGUCUGCAGGGAAUCAGCAUCCUAACAGCUCUUCAUGUUGUCUGAUUUUUCUGUCGUGGUGUUUGUGCAUUUUGCCGUCUCUGUGUGGGUUUGUGUCGAUGUUUGCGUGUGUUGUGUUCCGUGACCCCUCAGUGUCUUUUGUGUCUCAACGAACAGCUUCCCCCAGCAACCAGAGACCUUACAGAAGUUCCUCUAACCGCAGGAGCAUCGCUGGAUUCCCUGAAGAGACAUCCAAAGCCAGAACACCUACGGUCAGCUCUUACGCCAACACACACACGCUCACACAUGACCUUAUUCACGGAGAGCUGUUUGAGGCUGAAAGGGCACGGAAGAAAGUGUUAGUGGGACAUUUUAGCUCUUGGUGUUGUUAUCUUUAUGUAAGACCACAUUUCCCAGAAGCCUCAGCUGUUGAAGGUCAAAGGAAAAUAUCAGAAACAGAAUAAUUUGUUGCUUCUUUUUUAUCAUGGUCGUAACGUUUCUAAAAAUGUCUCGCAGGGUGAGACUCCAAACACGCCGGUCCGCAGCUCAUCUUUCAGGUCCAACAGCAAGGGUCCUGCCACGCCCAAACGGUACAAAACACACAAUAAACACACACACACUAACACACAAUUACACACACACAUCCAUUAUUGCACAGAUGACCUGAUGUGUUUGUGUUGUUAUUUUUCAGGGUGAGGUCCAACAGGAGUCGCGCACAGUCGCCCUGUUCCCCCGGACAGUACCCACCAUCCCCGCUCCGUCACAGGGCCACCACCCCAGGCCAUGACGACAGGAACCACAUCUCUGAGGUCAAAGGUCACAGCACUCUGGAGAGGAAAUCAACCAAAUCGGAGACAUCAGAGAAAAAGAUCCCCAAAUCCACCAGCAGAGAACUGAACGCAGGUGAGCGGCUCUUUCUGUGUCAACACACCUGUACCUUUGUGUGUGUGUCUGUCUGUGUUUGUGUGUGUGAAUAUUUUAUUUUUAAUCAUCAGAUUUUAUUUUAUUUUCAGGAUUUACAUAGAAACAUACCUCCUUUUUAUUCAAAUAAGGUAGAAAAUGACAAGAAAAGGAUAAAACAUGAGGGAAAAAAAAAGAAAACAAAACAAAAAGAAGGAUAAACAAAGAAAAACAACAACAACACAACAGUGUGUCAUCAAUUAAAGUAUAAAGUAUUUUUAUCAUUAGCUCAGUCUGGGACCUCCUAAACCACCAUCUCCCCUCUGUAUAGUUUCACUUACACCUUUAGGAAAGUAAUCCAUAAGGGGCCGAAAUGUGUCCAUAAAGAUAUCGUCAUUCCACUCUAAAAAUUUAUUUGUACCACUGAGUUACAGUUGGAGGUUUGUCCAAUUAAAUCGUUUACAUUUUCUGACCAAAAAUAAGAGUUUAUUCAGUAAUUUUGAUCUUCUCACACCAUAACUCUAUUUGUAGGUGACAGCCCCAAUAGAAACUGUCCUGGACCUUCACAGAUCUUGUUUUUGAGUAUUGCUGUCACUUCCUUAGAUUCACAUGACCAGAACUUUGAUAUUCUUGGACAGCUCCAGAAGCAGUGUGUAUAUAUGUUCCAUUUGUUAACUUACAUUGAUCUAUCAGAGUCAAUUUUGUUCAUAACAUGAGGUGUCCUGUGCUGUCUAGUGUGUGUGAAUUUAUUGAUAGCAUCCAGCUGUGGGACACUUUGUACUUUGUCCUGUAAGCAUGUUUGAUCGCGGUGCAGCAGAGUGAUGUUAGUGUUGAAUCUUUUUAUUCGUCACAGGCCGUGUCGUAUAAACAUCGUACAAACACAGGGUUUUGUUCAGUGAGAAGGUGUUGAAUCCAAACAGGGUAAGCAAGACCAUCCUGCAACAACAACCAGCUCACUAUAACUAGAGCUGGGAGCAAACUGAAUAUUCAUAAGGUGAACGACGGCUCUCACCCAUUUAACAGUCAAUUUCAGCUUCUUCUCUCUGGACCUCGGUUCAAAGUUCUGGUCUGCACAGUGAUAUAAAUAACCGCUUUGUCCCGGCAGCCAUCAGAGAGAUCAAUAAGUCAUGGUAACACAGCAAUGAUGCUGUAGAUACAGAUUUCUCAUUAAUGAGCCAUCUGGUUUUAUAAAAAUCAGGAGCUGUUUAAAGUUAAAUGUAGCUGUGGAGGAGAGGAAGAUGAAAAACAAAGACCUGAGUCUCCAUAGGGGAUGAAAAAGAAACAGAUUCUCAGUGUUACAAGCUGGUCAGUAUUUGAUAAUCGCACAUUAUUUAUUUCCCACUGCUGGAGGAUUGUGUCCAGACGUGUUUUCUGUUAAGUCAUUCUGCACCAGCGCCUCACCCCUCCAUCUAAAUCUCCCUCCUCCCCCAGAGUCCCCAGGAACACCCACAGGCAGGAGCGUGGGUGGGACGAUGGACGCUGAGGAGGCGUCCAGACUGCUGGCAGAGAGACGGCGCCUGGCUCGGAUACAGAAGGAGCAGGAGGAGAGACAACGGCAGGAGGAGGAGAGGUGUGUGUUCGAGCCGACCAGAGGGGUUUGAAGUAAAACUGGUCAGGAACAAGACCGGGUUCAGUUCAGUUAUUUAUUGGAACCUCUUUAUAUUCCCAAAUCUCUCUGUGUCCGAAUUAUGUCUGUGAAUAUAAAGAAUGAUAUAAUAAAGAAUGGGCGAUGUCCCUGAUCAUUUAGCUUUCUGUUUUCUAGACUGAGGGCCGAGGAGGAGCAGAAGAGGCUGGAGGAGGCGAGAGAGAGACAGGAGAGAGCCGCUCAGCAGGCGGAGGAGGAGAGAGUGAGACGGGAGGAAGAGAGGCGGAACAAAGAGGACGAGGAGAGACGGCAGAAGGAGCAGAGAUGGAAGGACAUGCAGGAGCAGCUGGACAAAGAGGUCAGACUGCAACAACACUCGCCCUGUGUUAAAUUAAAGAGGUGCUGCAUAAAACCAACCCACUCUUAAGACUAAAAAACAGAAAAAUAUGAAGAGAGAGAGAAAGAUGAAUUCUGUUUUUCAGAGGGAGGAGGCCUUCCUGAGAGCCCAGAAAGAGGCGGAGAGGAAGAGGCAGGAGAGAGAGCUGAUGCACAUCCAGGAGGAGCAGGAGAGGCAACAGAGGAAGAAGGUACCAGAGAUCCAAACAUAGACCCUCUUUAUUGAUUAUGGAUGAUUUAUUUAUCAGACACUAAAGAUGGAAUCAGAGCAAUGCUGCAGGAUUGAGUGAAUGGGACGUCUGUAAACUUGGAUGAAAUAAUGUUGAAGUGAAGGAAAAACAUUGAGCGUGUUUGACUGAUGUUGAGGGAUGUUGAUUUUCACAGAGAAUUGAGGAGAUCAUGAAGAGGACGAGGAAGAGUGAAGUGGAGCCUCUGUCUGCUGCUGCAGGUGAAUAUCAAACACGUCCUCGUCCUCCAACACAACAUCCUGUUUACUAAUGAUUUCAUUAAGGCAAAUAGGAAUCUUACAUAGAACAGCACAACGAAACAGAAAAAUGUAAACUUACAGCUAAAAGAUAAUUAUUUACUGUAAACAUAAAGUUAAAAAGAGAAACAGUUGAACCCAGUUUUUAAAUAAAUCAUCCAAAAUAUGAAAACUUUUAUUUUUAGAGCUGCACUAUAACGAGGCAAACUUUUAGGGAUACCAAAGAGUCAAAUAUUUGAAAUUGAAGCAUUUUAAUCAUGAGUAAGGUUUCAGAGUUUAGGGUAAAAAAAUAAAAUUAAAAAUUAAACGAUAAAAACCAAAAUCAGGAGUCCUUGACUUCCACUUAAUUUUCAACCAUCUUCUGAACAAAAUCAAGAUCAGGAUGAAACUGUCACUCCACCACAGUACCACAGAAAUAUACGAUAACUCUGGAGUUAGGAGAUUUUCAAAUUCAACAGUGAGUAAAAAAAAAAAGUGUUACUAUUGUGAGGUAGAAGCAGGGCCACAGCAGAGGAGUAAAAUACGAAGAGUUUAAGAAAAAAAGUUGUCACAUUACAAGAAUGAAGUCAUAAUAUAACUAGAGAGACGGUGUUUUGAGAUUAAAGUUGUUAUUACAAGAACUACCUGGUCAAAAGACGAAAAGUGAACGAGAAUAAAGUCAUAAUGUUAUGAGAGUUAAGUCGCAGUAAAGUCGUAGUUUUGGUGACCAGUCGACCUGUUUUGAAGAGGAUAGGUUAUCAGAAGAGCAGCCAGCAGCCUUCACCAGAAUAAUGAACAUGGAGACGCUCAUAAUAAGAUGAUAACUAACAUGGAGAUGCUUGUUAAAUUUAAGCCGAACUUCAUUUCUCACUUCAUCUUCCUCAUUUUUUAAAGAGGUGACAGGCGACUCACUGGGUAUGCCCCUUUAAAACAGCAGUAACAUAAACGCUAAUCUCUGACUAAAGUAGUGACUGUUUAUUUACAACAUUACGACUUUAUUUUCAAAACCGAGCCGACUUAAUCAAAACACUAUUUAAGACUCACGGUGUUUAAGAAGGCGCUUUCAAACAGCAGUUAAAGGUUAUGUGGAGCGGAUGUGCAUUUCAGCAGAGUUUAAGCUCUUCAGAAGAUCCACUUUGCAUGAGUGCGCCGUGGUUCGUCUCUGAAGGCGGGGUCUUUAGUGUGUUUGUGUGUUUGUGUGUUCAGUUUCUGCAGCUGUGUCAGGGUGGAGGUCGCACACAGAUGGAGUUUUCAUGCGCCUUUUUUCAGCUUUAUGGCUCUUGGUUAUGGUAAAACUUCAUUUCCUCCUCCGUUAUUAUCGGCUUCCCCUAAAUUGAAUCGGAUGAGCGUCUCAGCUGCAGUGUGACUCAGCAGUGUCAGACAGGCAGGAGAACAGCGCCUCCUUGUGGUUAAUCUUCAGGGAGACAAACACUGAGUCCACUGCAGCACUCGUCGAACUCUGACAGAAAGUGGGUCGUAUCAGGACAUUUGGAUCAGCACGGGAGGAAAUGAAACACGUCAGUAUCCUCAGUACCAUACAUCAGAAUAAAUUAACUGUGAAAUUUACUUCUCCUCAGUGCCUGACAUGAGAGCAGAGGCUGCGGUCCCCUCUGAGGAGGAGGCAGCGACUCCGGCUGAAGCCCCCGUCAUCAUGCUGGGACCCCUGGAGAACAAGAGCUGCAUGGACGAGCUGUCAGACGGAGUCCAGUCCAUGGAUGUCAGGUGAGACGUCUGUGUUUGUCUCUCAGAUAUUUACAGCCAUCUCUUGCAGAAAAUGUGGAAAAGACCCGAGACUUGCUGCUGCAUUGGCAACAGAGGAUAAAGCUACUUGAGAGCUGGAGAGGCUGAAAUAAACAGUAGCUGAAAUGACAUCAGACAUCAGUCAGAAAAGAAAAUCAUGUAAAGCUGCUGCAGAAGUAUAACGAGGUCGAUUUAAAGCCUGAAAAUGAGCAGAGUACUCCUUCUUUGUCUUCAUCCAGAUCCGUCUUCGUGGCACGUCUUCCAUAACCAAACCUGAACACUGACACUGAAGCUGUGUUUUGAAAAGUGCAAAUAAACAACAUGUCCUGUCUCUGUCAUCAUUGUGUCUUUAAGUUCUCCAUCUGUCUCCAUCAGUCCUGUGUCCAGGGACGAGCAGGCGAGUGCCCACGAGUUUUCACCGGUCACUGAGGGGACGGACGGCUGCCCCCUGGACCAGCUGAUGGACUUGGACGCCCACGGACGAGGUCAGCGUCCGGUUGCAGAAACACCUCCGUACCCUAAAAUGCAGGCCGGCAGCGGGGUCGGAGAUCUGAACAAGAACCUGCUGAUUCAGGCGUACAGCGCCGCCUCUGAAUCCUCACAGCUCAUCCACAGCGUCGGCCCGAGCAAACUGGACGUCCAGUAGCCAGGUAGAGACCUCCGACUCUGCUGUGUCUGUGAACUUUUAGGUGUUUUUUUUAAGCUUUAAAAGACUUUGUAACUCAUGCGCCACCCCUAAAACUUCAAACAUCUGACUUUCACUGUCUUCUUCUUCUUUCUCUCUCAGCAGAAGAGCUGCCCAGUUCAGUCGAAACAGGGGCCUGGAGAAAAAUACCAAGAAAUCAUCACUUCUGUCUGCAACAACGAUGACGUCAAGACUCAUCGUCACGAGAAAACAAAUGCUGAAUAACUCACCUUACACCUGUAAAACUAAACUUGCAUAGCAGUAAAGCUUUUGGCUCUUCUUUGAGGCAGUGCAGACGGGACUUUUUGACUCUCACACACAGCACGUCCUGACUAAACCAUGCGAAUAUCUGGAUUAGCUUUCAUGCAUGUUUGUUAGCUUUAAAAAUGAAGAUAAAGAGGGGAGAAGUGUGACGGUUGAUUCAAACACAGGUGCCGAAACUUGUGAAACAGGCAUGAGUGCACUAAACAGGCUAGAGGCUCAAAUGUGUGCAUAUUAAUCUACUUAUUUAAAUAAAACUUCUGCAUUAAUCUGCAUUGAAACCAUCACGCAGAAUUCCCCGGAGUCAUGGCAACAUCUUCUCAUGACUUUUUCGGAUUUCGCCUCCUCCAUAUCUGCAGAUGUUGGAGCCAGAGUUGCCCCGCUGUGCUGCCUCAAACUUCACCUCAGUAUCAUCCGCUUCAAUCUCUCAUCUCUGCUUUUGUAAAAGUGUAAAUAGAUCAGCCUGGAUGGAGGAGUGUGGGCGGCUCUGUAGCAGAUAAUCUGGAGGGACGCUGUAAAAAAAAGAGACACUGUGGUGUAAAUCCUGUGUAGCAUCUUCAGUGAGGACUAGCUAGUAGAGCUGUCAAUGGUUGUAGCUGUGUACUUGAACAGUGUGUGAGAGCUCCUCUCUCUCUUUCUGUCGGUGUUUCUGAUGGUUCCUGUGUCUUUAUCUCACCUCUGACCUGCUCUACUGCUGACAGCGACUCUUUCUCUGUCGUCAUGACUCUGGAGAAAACUACGAACAUCUGAAAUCACCAUCCAAACUCUGAGCCUCCUGCUUUGUUUCUCUGCUGCUCAUCGUGGACGUUUUUGUGGAGGUGAAACUACCAACAGCAAGAAUAUGAAGAAAACCUGGGAGGGGAAGAAAAGUCAAAUGUCCUGCGUUUGUAUCAGGAACGUGUUGACACAGUGUGUUGUGUAUUUGUCUGGCACUGACUGUAACCACGCUAGCUGCAGUUUAUAGAGAGCACUAACAUUAGAUGUGUUUCACUGCUCUGAUGACGCCUGUUUUCCCCCCUCAGCUCAUCCCCCCGACUAGAAUAUACCUCACCGAUUCAGAACAGACUCUGGUGUGAAACGGCGUCCACCACCUCACAGCUCAUCACCUCUGAGGCCUUAAACCUCUGUGCAGUCAAACAUGUCCCAUCUGUGCGUCAUCCAGCAUGUGCACUUUGGCCUGUAAAAGACCCUCACUCCAGAAGCAGAGAAGUGAAGAAGUCUGUGUUUGAUUUUCUGCGGGGUGGGAACAAGUGACAGGGGAACUGGGAAUUCUUAAAGCAAGUUUGGGUUACCGUUAAGGAAAAGCUUCCACAGACUCUGUGGGGCCCCAAAACACUGAAUUGAGCCACAGCCAGGUUUUAAAAAGUGAAGAGAGCCUAAAAAAUAAACCAGCCAUCAACCAAACUCAGAGCAAUUUCAAUCUCAAAUGCUUAGUUCUGUACUUUUUUUUAAUUUUCACUAUCGCCAUAUCUUCAGUCUGGUGCCAAUUAUGCUGUUUUGUUCAUUACUAAUCUUUUUUUUUUUUCAAAUUUAAGGUCAUAUACCAACCAAACUGUGAUUUUCUUUUUGAGUAUUUCAGGAUAUUUUCUUCUGUUCCAUGCGUUAGAGUUAUGAGUUAUUUAUUUUGAAUUUUUCUGUUUGUGCUUGACAUGUCAGACUUGGUCUAAAACGAGAGGAGAAGAGCCAAAGACUUAAAAUUUUCAGCUCUGACCUUUGGCGUUAAAAAAAAUCAAAGUGUUCCCAGUUCUAAGAGUCAACAAAUUACUCUGAAAACUUAGAUUUUUUAUAAUUUAACCCCAGAAGGUGGACUUUAUCUUUUUCUGAAUUCAGAGGUUUUUUUAUUUUAUUUCAGUCCUUUUUGGGGUCUUGUGCCAGGUUCAACACUAAGCUAAAUGGGCCGAUGAAAGUCCCCUCGAGUCUUGUUUGUGGGUUAGGAACAGUGGGGCAGAAGUCCAGGUGCACAGAUUGUUCCUUAUAAUCUCAUUCAUGUAUGGAAAGCAUCUCUGUUUCUCCUCUUUGGUGCCACAUCAAAUCCAGAAAACGCUUCACUGCUGCUGACUGCUGCACUCUUUUCAGUUCUGACCCUCCUGCUGGCUUCACCUCUCUUCAUAUUCACUAUUAUUAUUCCUCCAGAUUCUGCUGAAGCUCAUUUGUUAGAGGGUCUCCUGGGUCCCCGUGUAUAUGAAGUCAAAAUAAAGGACAUAACGUUUAUCCUAAUAGUACUUAACUCUGUGACACUGCAGCUUGGUGGAAUAUAUCAUUGUAGAUGUGGUGCAUGGAUAACUGCUGAAAAAGAAACAAUAAAACUUCAUCAAGCCAUUUGUGUCAGUGAGCUGGAUGAAUGAACAAAUGUAAAAUAAUAAUAAAGGUGAACAGAUAGGAACUGAAGGGAGAUGUUAAAGAGACAAACCCGUGUAAGAUGUAUAGUCUUUGACAUUCAUGAUAUGUGAAAUAUGACAGAAGUGUAGUGCAGGGCUUAACCAAUG